GAUGCGGAGCCUGGCCGGAUGGAGCGCUGCCCUGGUCCUGGCGCUCCUUCAGCCUGGCCGGGCCUUCUGGAUCCUCAACGUGCUCUUCCCGCCCAGCACCACCCCGGAAGCCUCCGCCUCCAACAGGACGCCCCCCGUGGUGCUGGUGCCUGGGUACCUCGGGAAUCAGCUGGAGGCGAAGUUGGACAAGCCAGAUGUGGUGAACUGGAUGUGUUAUCACAAGACUGAUGAUUACUUUACCAUCUGGCUGGACCUCAACAUGUUCCUGCCUUUUGGAGGUGACUGUUGGAUCGACAACACAAGAGUGAUUUACAAUAAAACCACCCGGAGGAUAACCAACUCCCCUGGGGUCCACAUCAGAGUUCCCGGGUUUGGCCAGACCUUUUCCGUGGAAUACCUGGACGGUGGCAAAUUGGCUGGCUACAUGCACACCUUGGUGCAGCACCUGGUCAACAACGGCUAUGUGCGCGAUCAGACCGUGAGAGCUGCUCCCUACGAUUGGAGGCUCAACCCCACCGAGCAAGAGGACUACUAUGCCAAGCUGCGGGGCCUCAUCGAAGAGAUGUUUGAAGCCUACCAGAAGCCGGUUUUCCUGAUUGGCCACAGCCUGGGCAACCUCCACCUCCUCUACUUCCUGGUCCAGCAGCCGCAGGCCUGGAAGGACCGUUUUGUUCAGGGCUUCAUUUCCCUCGGAGCCCCUUGGGGGGGAGUAGUGAAACCCAUGCGGAUCAUGGCUUCGGGUGACCAUCAGGGCAUUCCUGUUAUGUCUAACAUUAAAUUGCGGGAGGAAAAGCGAAUGUCCACAAACACUCCCUGGCUGUUCCCCGCCCUCACAGCCUGGCCCAAGACACACGUCUUCGUCUCUACCCCCUUCUACAACUACACCUACCAGGACUACCGGCAGUUCUUCCACGAUAUCAACUUUGAAGAUGGCUGGUUCAUGUGGAAUGACAGCAAGGAGCUGCUGGAAGGGCUGCCAGCCCCGGGCGUGGAGGUCUAUUGCCUCUUUGGCACAGGAUACCCCACUCCAGAGACCUACAUUUACGACGACCGCUUUCCCUACGAGGACCCAGUGGAUAUUAUUUAUGGGGACGGGGAUGAGAUGAUUAGCUGGCGCAACAUAGAGCUGUGCAAGGAAUUUCGCAACCAGCAGAAUGAGAAGGUCCAUGUCCUGGAACUGCCUGGAGCCGAGCACCUCAACAUGAUCUUUGACAACCGUACCCUACAAUACAUCAGUGAAAUCCUGUCUGGGAACCUGGAGAAUGUGACUGCUGCACAAGACCUGGGGGGAAGAGCCCUCUGAAUCUCCAUGGAAAGGGAAGCCCUCCCCACUGAGAAACUGGCUGCUGUUUCUUCUGCUAGCAUGGGGAGGGAACACAAAUGCUCACACGGCACUGAAGCUGGAGACGCUCAAGGGAGCUGCCCCCAUUAAUGCUGGUUGGCGCCCCAGGGUUUGUUUGUUAAUAUAAUAGUUCCCAUUUCUCCACCACAUUUUCAGGAGGCCAUUCAACAAGCCCAGACCCCCCGUACUGCUUAUGGGCUUCUGCAGAGCAGCAGCCAGUCCUAAUGGUACGUGGCCAAGAUCUUGGAAGCCUGGGCCUGGAGACGCUGCCAGAGGGGCGGUCAGAUAAGAGAUGGCAUAGCCUGCAGCUGUAGGGCGGGUGGAG